GUUCAGUGCCUCGUGGAUGGUCACUUUGUUCUGGUGGUCUCCAGGGACAUGUCUGAUCACCCUAUCAUCCUGGACAGUGUCCGGCUAGCCUAUGCCCAAACAGGGUGUGAUCCCAUCAGAAUGACUGAGGCUUUUGUGAUCUUCCGCUUCCCCGUCAUGCAGUGCGGCACCACAGUCCAGGUGAUUGGGGACAAACUGAUCUAUGAGAACCAGCUGAUCUCUAGCAUUGAUGUCCAGACUGGGCCAGAUGGCUCCAUCACCCGGGACAGCACCUUCAUCUUCCAUGCUCGCUGCAUCUACAAUGCCAGUGACUUCCUGCCAGUCCAGGUGGAGGUCUUCUUGCCCCCCACACCUGCUCCAGUCACCCAGGCAGGACCCCUCCGGCUUGAGCUGCGCAUUGCCACAGACUUGAGCUACAGAUCCUAUCUCACAGAGAGAGACUACCCUGUGGUGAAGGUACUCAGGGACCCUAUCUACAUGGAGGUUCGCAUCCUGCAGCGAACAGACCCUAACCUGGUUCUGUCUCUCCACCACUGCUGGGCUACCCCAAACGCAAACCCCCUGGAGCAGCCACAGUGGCCCAUCCUCGUGGACGGGUGCCCAUUCUUGGGAGACAACUACAGAACCCAGCUUGUGCCCAUAGGCUCUGAGCUGCCCUUCCCAACUCACCACCAGCGCUUUGUCCUCUCCACCUUUGCCUUUGUGGACUCAGCCUCCCAGAUAGCACUUGAUGGAGAG